CGCAUUCUCUGACAGAACCCGGCAUGAGGGCCCUCCUGCUGCUGGCGAUGGUCAUGGCCUUUGGCCUGCAACAAGCCGACGGGGCUUUAUGGAAUUUCUGGAAAAUGAUUACGAAGGUGACAGGAAAGGAAGGAGCAUCCAGUUAUGGCUUCUACGGCUGCCACUGUGGUGUGGGUGGCAAAGGCACACCCAAGGAUGCCACGGAUUGGUGCUGCGUUGCGCAUGACUGUUGCUAUGACCGGCUGGUAAGACAGGGGUGUUCCACCAAAUUUCUGAACUACAAAGCUGAUUACCGCGGGUCCACCGUCACCUGUGCGAGACAGGACAAGUGCAAGAAACAAGUGUGUGAAUGUGAUAAAGCAGCUGCCCUCUGCUUUGCGAGACACAAGAAAAGCUAUAAUAAAAAGUACCAGUACUACAACAACAAGUCCUGCCGCGGAAAGACCCCCAAGUGCUGAGCGCCCCACGCCGUGCCCCACGCCCAUGCUGAGCUUCUGUCCUAGCGUCCUCCCCAUCCCCUGUGCUCUGACUGCAGGAGCCAGGGGGCUCCGCGCGCG